GAGAGCUGGACGAUUAUAAAACCCGAGUCCAUCUUCACCCGUUUCCCUCAGAACCAUCCAGCACUCGCAACCCCUCCACCGCAACAAAACAAAACAAAACAAAACAAACCGAUCCAUCAAACUUCACUGCUCAAUAUGAACGACUUCUUCAGCUGCUUGGUUAUCUUCGGCUUGGUCGCUUUGAGCCAAGCCAAGUCGGUCUCCACCCAGCCCCAGAUCAUCCGCCCCGUCAACUACUCCCUCGUCAAAAGCAGCCAAGAUAACACUCACUCUUGGCUCAUCAACCAGAAUCUCGGUCCCAAGUACAAUCCUAUGUCCUGUUCAACUUGCGAGAUGUUUGUCAUCGCCCAGGACUGCAAACCCGUCCACAACGAUGCCAACGUCGCCCCGGCCUCGGUGAGCUGCGACAAGGCUUAUCUGCCAGCUAAGGACCCCAAGACUCAACCAACCAGCUGCCAGACCAGGUCCUCCGGGGACUUUAAUUGCUCCGACCGAAAGGACGGAUCCAAGAUCCCCGUCUGCCACGCGUGUCUCCCCAUCGCGUAGAACAAGCUCUCCUUUCGCCGUCGAACUCCUUGCCAAAAGAACCGCGGGGUCUCUCUUCGUCGUCCUAAAGAACACUUGUUUUCCUUUCUACUUUAUUAUGGGCUUCGGGCUGUUUGACUCAUGGACAGACACCCCAGACCAGUGAAAUCAAUUUCCUUUUUUU